AUGAUCCAGGAAGCCAGGAUGGCCACUUCCCCUUCGUCUCCGGCCAUGACCAAUGUGAAUCCCACUGCCACCCCAGCACCCGGAGCUCACGAUCCUCGCCCACCCCUCGCCAAUAUUCCCUCCCCGCCAUCGAUCCAUCCGGCCUCAUACCCCCAUAUCUGGGACCUCAUCCUCGUACACGUCGAGGACGACAUCAGCGUGUCCCUCGCCUUGCGGGACACGUGCACUACGCUUCGUGACAUCAUCAGCUCUCGUCUGUACGUCGACGUCCUUGUCCGUGACGAGCGCAAGAUUGAGCUGUAUGUACCCUCAAGUAAGGGGCAUUCCGGGAUCGAGUGGGAACAAUGGGCAUCCGCCGUUGGACUCGAUUGGAACGGCGGAGACCUCAUGCGGCAACUAUGCGUCGAGCGUCUCAAGUACUGCAGGCUGCUUCAAAACGAGAUCUCGGGUACCCGAGGCAACUUGGACGACUACGAGAGAGCGCUCCUAGGCCAAGGGCUUUCCAAUGUUGAGACUCUACGUCUUGAAGGCGACAACAUACACUGA